AUGAAGCUGGGAUUCAUCUGUGUUGUUCUUUCUCUCCUGGCAGGGAACAGCUGGGCAUACACCAGAGCCAUCGGGGCUCAGGAAUGCCACCCUAACUCGCAGCCUUGGCAGGCCGGCCUCUUCUACCACACCCACCUUUUCUGCGGGGCAUCCCUCAUCAGUGACCGAUGGCUGCUCACAGCUGCCCACUGCCACAAGCGGUAUCUGUGGGUCCGCCUUGGGGAACACCACCUCUGGAAAUGGGAGGGUCCAGAGCAGCUGUUCCGGGUCACAGACUUCUUCCCCCACCCUGGGUUCAACAAAGACCUCAGCGCCCAAGACCACAAUGAUGACAUCAUGCUGAUCCGCCUGCCCAGGCAGGCAUACCUGGGACCUUCUGUGCAGCCCCUCAACCUCAGCCAGACCUGCGUCUCCCCAGGCACCCAGUGCCUCAUCUCUGGCUGGGGGGCCGUGUCCAGCCCCAAGGUGCAGUACCCACUCACGCUGCAGUGUGCCAACAUUAGCAUCCUGGAUUCUAAACUCUGCCAUCGGGCAUAUCCAGGCCACAUCUCCAAAAGCAUGCUCUGUGCCGGCCUGUGGGAGGGUGGCCGGGGCUCCUGCCAGGGUGACUCUGGAGGCCCCCUGGUUUGCCACGGGACCCUGGCAGGAGUGGUGUCUGGGGGAGCAGAACCCUGCUCCAGACCUCGGCGCCCCGCUGUCUAUACUAGCGUAUGCCACUACGUGGACUGGAUCAGAAAGACAAUGGAUAACAACUGA